AUGUUCGGGCAUAUAAACGCGCCCAUGCCUAGCACACAGGUUGUUCUUGAUGUUUUCUACUUUAUGAUGAGGUACCUGGCAGCUAUUGUUAAUGGGAUGGAGAAUACACAUCGCUCAGCUGUUGCGAGCAAUAUCAGUGAAGCGAUCUUCAAAACACCAUCAACUGAAGGCAAAAGUGCUGAAUACCGCAGUAAAUAUGAGCAGGAGGCUUACCUCCAAAAUAUGUUUGAGAAAUGGUCUAGGAAAGGAGGAGUCUGGUCAGCGGCUGCCACAAAGGUUCAUGCUGAUCAACUGGCCCAUGUGAAAAAAGGUUGCCUGUCAAGAACUCGUCAAGACCUUCGAUCUGAUGGCAGCCACAUUGAAGGGUCACAUAAGGGCUGGAACUCCCUUAUGCGCUCAUUCCCAAGUGGCAUAGAGAUAUUCACAGCCCUGUGCCAUGACUUUGGGUUUAUAUAG